CCCACUUCAUUCACUUGCAAAUCAGUGUGUGCCCACAAGAGCCAGCUCUCCGGAGCCCGUAACCUUCCCAUCCCGAGAGCUGCAGUUUCAGCCGCUGCUACGAGAACGGCAGAGCCGGGGACGGCGGCCCAGGCAGGAGGAGCCCGGGCGGGUCGCAGGGUCCCCCCGGGUGCAGGAAGGCGAGCGGAGAUAUCCUCUGAGAGCCAAGCAAAGAACAUUAAGGAAGAAAAGAGGAAUGAGGCUGGAUACGGUACAGUGAAAUAAAAGGGACUUCCAGGAGAGGGACUCGCGACCAGAGCUUGACGGUGCCAUCAGAAUGAGAACUUACCGGUACUUCUUGCUGCUUUUUUGGGUUGGUCAGCCCUACCCGACUUCCUCAACUCCAUUAUCUAAGAGGACUAGUGGUUUCCCAGCAAAGAAAAGGGCCCUAGAGCUCUCUGGAAACAGCAAAAAUGAGCUGAACCGUUCAAAAAGGAGCUGGAUGUGGAAUCAGUUCUUUCUCCUGGAGGAGUACACCGGAUCCGAUUAUCAGUAUGUGGGCAAGUUACAUUCAGACCAGGAUAGAGGAGAUGGAUCACUUAAAUAUAUCCUUUCAGGAGAUGGAGCAGGCGAUCUCUUCAUUAUCAAUGAAAACACAGGCGACAUACAGGCCACUAAGAGGCUGGACAGGGAAGAAAAACCUGUUUACAUCCUUCGAGCUCAAGCUAUAAACAGAAGAACAGGAAGACCUGUGGAGCCCGAGUCUGAAUUCAUCAUCAAAAUCCAUGAUAUCAACGACAAUGAGCCAAUAUUCACCAAGGAGGUUUACACCGCGACGGUGCCUGAGAUGUCUGAUGUUGGUACAUUUGUUGUCCAAGUCACUGCGACUGACGCUGAUGAUCCGACAUAUGGGAACAGCGCUAAAGUCGUCUACAGUAUUCUACAGGGACAGCCCUAUUUUUCAGUUGAAUCAGAAACAGGUAUCAUCAAGACAGCCUUACUCAACAUGGACCGAGAAAACAGGGAGCAGUACCAAGUGGUGAUCCAAGCCAAGGACAUGGGCGGCCAGAUGGGAGGAUUAUCUGGGACCACCACCGUGAACAUCUCGCUGACAGACGUCAAUGACAACCCUCCUCGCUUCCCCCAGAGUACCUACCAGUUUAAAACUCCAGAAUCUUCUCCACCGGGUACACCAAUUGGCAGGAUCAAAGCCAGCGACGCUGACGUGGGAGAAAACGCCGAAAUUGAGUACAGCAUCACAGACGGUGAGGGGCUGGAUAUGUUUGACGUCAUCACGGACCAGGAAACCCAAGAAGGGAUUAUAACUAUCAAAAAGUUCUUGGACUUCGAAAAGAAGAAAGUAUAUACUCUCAAAGUGGAAGCAUCCAAUCCUCACGUUGAGCCACGAUUUCUCUAUCUGGGACCCUUCAAAGAUUCCGCCACGGUUAGAAUCGUGGUGGAGGACGUGGAUGAGCCUCCUGUCUUCAGCAAACUGGCCUAUGUCCUACAAAUAAGGGAAGAUGCUCAGAUCAACACCACAAUAGGCUCAGUCACAGCCCAAGAUCCAGAUGCCUCCAGGAAUCCCGUCAAGUAUUCGGUUGAUCGCCACACAGAUAUGGAUCGGAUAUUCAACAUUGAUUCUGGAAAUGGUUCGAUUUUUACAUCAAAACUUCUUGACCGAGAAACACUGCUGUGGCACAACAUUACCGUGAUAGCAACAGAGAUCAACAAUCCGAAGCAAAGCAGCCGAGUACCUCUAUAUAUUAAAGUUCUAGAUGUCAAUGACAAUGCCCCAGAAUUUGCUGAGUUCUAUGAAACUUUCGUCUGUGAAAAAGCAAAAGCAGAUCAGCUGAUUCAGACCCUGCGUGCAGUUGACAAGGAUGACCCUUACAGUGGGCACCAAUUCUCAUUCUCUUUGGCCCCUGAAGCAGCCAGUGGCUCAAACUUUACCAUUCGAGACAACAAAGACAACACAGCGGGAAUCUUAACUCGGAAAAAUGGCUAUAAUAGACACGAGAUGAGCACCUACCUCCUGCCUGUGGUCAUUUCGGACAACGACUACCCAGUUCAAAGCAGCACUGGGACAGUGACUGUCCGGGUGUGUGCAUGUGACCCCCACGGGAACAUGCAGUCGUGCCAUGCCGAGGCGCUCAUCCACCCCACGGGACUGAGCACGGGGGCUCUGGUUGCCAUCCUUCUGUGCAUCGUGAUCCUACUAGUGACGGUGGUGCUGUUCGCAGCUCUGAGGCGGCAGCGGAAGAAAGAGCCCUUGAUCAUCUCCAAAGAGGACAUCCGGGACAACAUCGUCAGCUACAACGACGAGGGGGGCGGCGAGGAGGACACGCAGGCCUUCGACAUCGGCACCCUGAGGAACCCCGAAGCCAUGGAGGACAGCCAGUCGCGGAGGGACAUCGUGCCCGAGGCGCUUUUUCUGCCCCGGCGGACUGCCGCCGCUCGCGACAACACGGACGUCAGAGAUUUCAUUAACCAAAGGUUGCAGGAGAACGACGCGGACCCCACGGCGCCGCCCUACGACUCGCUGGCCACCUACGCCUACGAGGGCGCGGGCUCGGUGGCGGGUUCGCUGAGCUCGCUCGGCUCGGCCACCACGGAGGGCGACCAGGACUACGACUACCUGAGCGACUGGGGCCCUCGCUUCAAGAAGCUGGCGGACAUGUACGGGGGCGCCGACAGCGACAAGGACUCCUAAUCGGCUGCCUUCUUCCCUUUCCAGUCCGACGCUGAAGUCCAGGAAACAGCUGUGUCUUUCUAUUUAUCCACCGCUCUGUGAAGGGUUCUCCGGUCUACCCAUUCCUUGUGGAUCUAAUGGUAGAAACUUUUUUCUAGCACACUUUUAUGAGCUUCCAAGGGGCAAAUGUUUAUUUUUUAGUGCGUCCAGUUAACCAGGUCAGCUGGCCAGGCGCGCUGGCGAGGACGGGCAGUGGAUUUCUCGGGUCCUCCCCGGGUGCGUUUGGAGCGCGCUGGUGUCCACCGGCCUGGGGGCUUGGUGUCCUCCACGGACCCGGGUCAGCUGACCGCUCUACCUGUAAAUUACACGUGCUAAUGGGAUAAGGGAUUGUACUUUAAUGAUAAAACUAUAAUCUUAGGAAAAGAAAUAAGGGUAUAUCAGCUCACAAGGAGAUAAACAUAGAAGGGUGUGUUUUUUCUGUGGCAAAGAAUUUAGAAUGAUAUUUGUCCAUCCUGUUUGUUCUUCAAGAACUUUCUCUGGCCCCUACUAUUAUUCGAAACAUCAAUUCGAAACAUCAAAUCCACCCAUGUCUUAAAAUUCCUUUUAUGAUUAAGGAAUAGAAGCAGAUGAAAUGGUAACAUUCACAAACAAUAGCAACACACUUAGUAAGACUUCAUUCCUUGACACUAACUCAUAAUUUGUUAUGUAUUAGACAUGCAAAAGUUUGCCUUUGCGCCGUAUGAAGGGAAAGGGGAAAUAGCCAGAGAGGAAAUAUUUUAGCAUAUGUGAAAGCUUUGGCCACCAAAUGCAUCACAGAUCACUAGAAAUUCUUUCAACCAUCAGUAGACUAAGGACAAAUAAGUCUAAUUGUUUAAGUCCUUGAAAGAAUUUUUCUGUGGUGAAUUUUAACCUUCUUGUCUGUAGUUGUCAGUAUUAUUCUAUUAUACUAUACUGUACUUGCAAGUAGCAGUGUAAAGUACAAUAAUUCAUCUUUUUCAGAUACUUUACUUCUUACACUAUUAAAAUGAAUUAGUAAAGGUAAACAAAACUUAAACCCUGCUCUUGGCAUUCAGCGGACAGGUUAGAGCCAGCAACACAUGAACCUAAUACCCAGCCCUUCACAUCCAGAAACAUUUAUAUAUUUAUAGAACAUAAUGGAUAUCUACAAACAACAGUGAGAUCAUGUCUGGAAGAUGCUUACACUGGGAAAACUUGGGUUCCCUUCAACAAGAGUGUUUAAGAUUGUUAUUAAAAUGAUAGUUGACUUUCAAAAGCAUUCAUAUUUUUUUUCAUUGUUUUAACUUUGCUUUCAUGGCUGUCCUGCCGUGCUUGUCCUUGAACUAAUGAUAAAGUAAUGGUCUCAAAGUACAACAGAAAAGUAGUGUAAAAUCCGACCAAUCUAUUAUUUCUCUCAUUAUGCAAUUAGCCUCAUAGUCAGUUAAUAUCCAGAGGACCCAGCUGAAACUGAACUAAUCCUUCUGGCAGGUUCAAAUCAUUUAUUUCAUAUGACCAUUCUAAUGACUUUUAUCAUUAGAUUCGUACAUUGUACAGUCAUCAGAAAUUUCCAAAGUACUGUAAUGAAAAUACCCUUGUUUUGAAAACCUAAAAAACAGGCUCUGUGUAUAUAUACUAUAUACUUAAGAAUAUGCUGACUCUACUUAAUCGUCUUAGGGAUUUGUUUUCAAGUAAUGUUAAUUUUCUACAAAUAAUCAUGGUGUCAUUUCUAUUUGGGAAUAUUGUCAUAAUCAGCACAUAGUUUCAGUUUGGAAACACAUUGUUGUUCAAGUUUUCAAUAGGCAUAUUACCCAGAAAGCAAAGAUGUCACCUUUAAAACAAAAGAAAUAUAGUAUUUGGGGUUACUCAAUUAGAGUGAAAAUGUUUUACAACCAUAUUAUUCCUGAUGUUUCCUGAAUGGUGUCUCCUAUUUCACAAUGGACUACUGUGUAUACUAACAAGUAUUUCAUGCUUGAGGUAUUUCCUGCUUUCAGAGUUUCUUUUUCUGGCUCUUCAUACACACACGCACACACAGAGGAAUGCAAAUAAAAGUCUACUAGAGGUCGUCACUCUAAUGAAUCAAUGUGAAUCAUAGUCACAGGUAAGUGUUGAAAAAAAGAUAGCUUAGUAAAGUUAAUUAUUAAAUUCUAGUGAUUUAUAGCAAUAGAAGAGCACCGUAAUCACAAGACUUACUGUACAAUUAAAGAGCUCACUAUCUUUGUUUUCUGUCAUAUAACAAACUGAAUCAAAAAAGAUAGCUCUGUAGAAAGAAAAGUGUCAUCAAAAGUUGAGGGUCGACACCAUCAACUUCCAAUAUUUAAGAGUAGGGUUUAUUUUCUCUAAAUAAGUGAAAGGAAGUGGUUCAAUAGUAGAAUAUUUGAGAUAUAAUUGGCAGGGUCUUUUAUCCCAUCCUGAAGAUGAUACAGUGGAUCAAGAACAGAUUAAUAGGACAAAUAUUGAAAUCACUUUAAUCUUUUACCACAGAAGCCAAUAAUGAAGUAAAUUUACGGGAAAUUGGCAACCAGAGCUGAAUAUUUAGUACUAGGGUCCUGCAAGUAUCAAGUUGGAAUGAUAUCUUCCUAUAAUUAAGACUCUUGGACACCAUGGAAACAGUAAGAGCUGCAGUUACGUCAUCUUUUGGCUUGGUUACCUCCUUCUCCCUAAAAGUUCAGGUCAGGGUGAUGCCUGUGGCUCAAAGGAAUAGGGCACCAGCCCCGUAUGCUGGAGGUGGCUAGGUUCAAACACAGCUCCAGCCAGAAACUGCAGAAAAAAAAGAAAAAGGUCAGGUCAAAUACCAUUCCAUGUGCACAGCAGAUGAUUAUUAUUUUUUUUAAGUGAUAAAUCCUGAGUCAACCUGAAAGAUUACUGGAGAAAAAAAUAAUUUUCAGCUUGAUCUUCACAUUGUCUGUGUUCCGAUUUUAGAAGUUGGUGAUGGAAAAGAUGGAAGGAAAAUAGGAAGAACUAAAAUUUUAAUAUUUGUUAUAAUCACUGAGAAAUUAAAAUCCACUAAACGUAAGCAAGAGUGUUGUGAGCAGUUUCAAGGACAUUGAGGCCCUUCAGACAUUUUUUUCUUUUUUGCCCUCUCUCCAAAGGAAAGAGUUGUUGUUUUUUUUUAACUACUCAGAUGUUCCCUAGCAUAAGCUGAAUUUUCUAACCAUUGAGCCCCUGUGCAUAAGUUUAAAGCUCCUUCAACUUCAUGGCCACUUUUCUGCUGAGAAUCCUGAAAUAAUUUGGGCCCAAAUAAGCAAAUCAAAUGAGAGGAAAGCAAAGAGAGCUUCGUAGAACCACAAGGGAGGGAAUCUGGGCACAGUAAAUGUAUGUUUCCUUCAGAACUUUCCUUUACAGUUUAGGUGCAUAAAGGGAGGUUCAGCUACAAAAUUACUCCAUUUUCAGAUAGAACAAAACCUGGCAGUUCAAUUUUAACUCAGUAUAAAAAUGUGUGAUUUAGUUUUCAUUUUCAGCUCCCCAAGAGUUGUGUGAAAGUUCUUAAAAAUUGAAUCUGUAUCUUAGAUGCAUCCAAAUUUUAUGGAUCCAAAUUAGCUUUAGAACGUUUCCAUUCUUUCAUUUUUAAGCACAUAAAUUUUCCAUCUCUUGAUUUGCCGAACAAUAUCGCACAUCAAUUGCUUUGCCUGGAAGUGGAUAUUCUAUUGGAGAUAAUGGUGUAUAAACUAUGAACUCGGCAUUUUUAGAUGCUGUAUACUUGAGUACCACAAAAGAGCAUGAAGUUGAAAGGAAAGAUCAGAGUUGAUUCCUGGGUACAAACUAAAUAUUUAAAUCAGGUGCUCAUCUUUAUCUGCUAAACUCAUUUUCCCCAGAAAGAGACCUUCAAAUAAAUUCUUUAUCCUAGUCCCUAGUUUUGAAGUGGUAUAAUUACUCUGGAAGAAACACUUUAAAAAGUCAUGAUCCCUAGGAUUUUGAAAAGUGUCCUCUGAAAAGGAUCACUUUAGGGGUUAUUUUAAUGUUUAUGUUUUAUCUA